AUGCCGUUGCAUUUACUAGGGAAGAAGUCAUGGAACGUCUACAACAAGGACAAUAUCGCUAAGGUUCGGCAGGAUGAAGCUCGAGCAAGAGUGGAAGAAGAGGAAAAGGAGCGACAAAAGCAAGAAGACGAUGCCGAGAGGAGGAUAGAUAUAUUACGUGGGAGGCAGCCGUUGCCUUCGCCGUUAGUAGCAGAGGAAAAGGAACAGCAUGCUCACCCUCACGAGAAGUCGCAUGGCGAUACCAGACACCGGAAGAGAAGAAGGCUUGCAGGAGAAAAUGAUACAGAUCGCGAUAUCCGAUUUGCAAAGGAGGACGCCCAGCAGACAAACCAGCGCACUCAGACAGAUAUAGUGCGCCGGCCUGCCAACGAUGCUCCCAUCGUUGAUAAGUCGGGCCACAUCAGCCUAUUUCCUGAGAAGAAAUCGUCCAAUAGACAACGGUCAGACAAAAACCCUGAAGCAGAAGCGGAAUCAGCACGGAAAACUCGCGAAUUCGAAGACCAAUAUACCAUGCGUUUCUCUAACGCGGCAGGAAAUAAACAACAACUAACUUCGGCGCCAUGGUAUUCUUCUUCGAUGACAGAAAUAGCUGCCCAAGGAAUGGGGAUGCCGACCAAAAAUGUCUGGGGUAACGAAGACCCAAGGAGACAAGAGAGGGAGAAAAUGAGGCUCAGCACAAAUGACCCGCUUGCUGCGAUGAAGAAGGGUGUAAAACAGUUACGGGAUGUUGAGAAAGAGAGGACGAAAUGGGCGGAGGAGAAGGAGAGGGAGUUACGGGCUUUAAAGAAAGAAGAGAAAGAGAGACGACGAAGGCGAAGGCGGAGGAGGAGUAGGGGCUCGGAUGAGAGCCUUGAUGGGUUUAGACUGGAUGCCGAACCUGAGAAGGAGGAGAGGAAACGGCAUAGGCGUCAUUCUCGGGAUCGAGAAAGGGGAAGGGAAAGAUCAAAGCGUGACGAGGAACGUCGAAAGCAUGGAUCGACGAGACACUGUGAUAGACAUGAGCCUGAGAAGGAGUCUGUUGCUUGGAGCCAGGCUCCAGGGAAACGAUACAGUGCACAGUUUGCAGGUGCUUAA